AUGGGCGUGCCAUUGCGUAGCAGGCCGCGCGCAAGCAGCAGAUUGUUUAUGUACGUUGCCGCCGUCUUCAGAUUGGCCCGAGCACCAAAGGCCAAGGCAGAAGGCAUGGCGGAAGGGGAAAGAGCGACCAGGUUUGCUCCUGGCUCGCCUGAGCAGCCCAAACCAGCGCUCAGGCCACCAAGUGCCCCGUUGGCAAUCCCGCUGCUCGCCGCUCCACUAUCCCGACUUCCCGACUCCCGACUCCUCUUCCUCCUCCUCCUCCUCCUUCUCCUCCUCCCUCCGCUCCCUAUCUCUCUCUCCCCAAGGCCCCCCAAGGGCUCCCAAGUCUCCCAAGGCUUCCAGGCUCCCGCCCCCAAACCUCAGCUACCACAGAUUUAG